CACACAUCUGAGCCACACAAAAACCAAUCCACAUCUUUAUCAUCAUCCAUUCUAUAAAAAAUCAUCCUUUGUGAGUCUACUCUUUGAUUCCCUUCAUACACAUACAAAGAGAAGAGACUAAUUAAUCAUCUUGAGAGAAAAUGGCCACCGUUACUUCCACCACCGUUGCUAUUCCAUCAUUCACAGGCCUUAAGGCAAACGCAAGCAAAGUUAGUGCCAUAGCUAAGGUUCCAACUUCAAAUUCUCAAUUGCCAAGGCUUUGUGUCAGAGCUUCCCUCAAAGACUUUGGAGUUGCUGUUGUUGCCACUGCUGCAAGUGCAUUGCUAGCUAGCAAUGCCCUUGCCGUUGAAGUCUUGCUUGGUGCUAGUGAUGGGGGUUUGGCUUUUGUUCCAAACAAUUUCACAGUGAACGCUGGAGACACCAUUACAUUCAAGAACAAUGCUGGUUUUCCUCACAACGUUAUCUUCGAUGAAGACGAGAUUCCAAGCGGGGUUGAUGCAGCAAAAAUUUCCAUGCCUGAAGAAGAUCUUCUCAAUGCUCCUGGGGAGACUUACAGCGUUACUUUGGAUGCUAAGGGAACCUACAAAUUCUACUGUUCACCUCACGCAGGAGCUGGUAUGGUUGGACAAGUGACUGUUAAUUAAGUUAAAAUGCUUUGUCUCCUAUUUAUAAUAUGGUUUGUUAUUGUUAAUUUUGUUCUUGUAGAAGAGCUUAAUUAAUCGUUGUUGUUAUGAAAUACUAUUUGUAUGAGAUGAACUGGUGCAAUGUAAUGUAAUUCAUUUACAUAACUAGACAUGAAGACCUGCCGCGUACAAUUGUUUUA